AACAAAUUACUAACCUGGAACCUUUGGGCUGAAAUUGCAAAAUCUCUUGCUCGCUCUUUGCAUUAAAGAACAAUCACACCCUACAGAAAUCCUUUCUCUCCCUCUGUCCACAGACCACAAUGGAUCUACUUCACCAAUACUCAGAUGGCCAAAACAACGACGAUCCAGACUCACCAAUUCAAAACCCUAACUCCCCGGAAUCGUCCCCACCCCGCCUCCUCCCAGGGCGUUCCGGCGCCCCACAGGUGGACGACACGAUGCUGGCACUGACGGUUGCCACAUCGAACGAAAAAACCCUGUCGAAGCCCAUCGACCCGACGCAUCACGCGGUGGGCUUCAACCCCACCUACGACCAGCUCUGGGCCCCCAUUCAGGGCCCGUCUCAUCCCUACGCGAAGGACGGCAUAGCCCAAGGCAUGCGCAACCACAAGCUGGGCUUCGUCGAGGACGCCGCCAUCGAACCCUUCCUCUUUGACGAACAAUACAACACCUUCCACAAAUUCGGCUACGCCGCCGACCCCUCCGCCUCCACCGGCUACAAUUACGUCGGCGACUUCGAUGCCCUUCACAAGAACAACGCGAUCUCCGUUUACAACAUUCCCAAGCACGAGCAGAAGAAGCGGAAAAUUGAGUUGAAGAAGAAGAAGGAGGAGGAUGAGGAGGAGGGAGAGAAUGAUAACGACGGUGAUAAUGAGGAUGGUUGUGAGAUUGAAAACCCUGCUUCGGAGGUGUGGUUAGUGAAGAAUAAGAAGAGCCCUUGGGCGGGGAAGAAGGAAGGGUUGCAAGGGGAGUUGACGGAAGAACAGAAGAAGUAUGCGGAAGAGUAUGCGAAGAAGAAAGGGGAAGAGAAGAGUGGUUUUGGAGGGGAUAAGGGUGAGGUUGUUAAAGAUAAGAGUACUUUUCAUGGGAAGGAGGAAAGGGAUUACCAGGGUAGGUCUUGGAUUGCACCUCCUAAGGAUGCAAAGGCUAGUAAUGAUCACUGUUAUAUACCUAAGAGAUUGGUCCAUACGUGGAGUGGACAUACAAAAGGGGUUUCUGCCAUUCGGUUCUUCCCUAAGUCUGGCCAUUUGAUUCUCUCUGCUAGCAUGGAUACCAAGGUCAAGAUUUGGGAUGUUUUCAAUUCUGGGAAAUGUAUGAGGACUUACAUGGGACACUCCAAAGCGGUUCGGGAUAUUUGUUUUAGCAAUGAUGGGACUAAGUUUUUGAGUGCUGGUUAUGACAAGAAUAUCAAGUAUUGGGAUACUGAAACGGGGCAAGUGAUAUCCACUUUCGCCACGGGGAAGAUCCCUUAUGUUGUGAAGCUUAAUCCGGAUGAGGAUAAGCAGAAUGUUUUGUUGGCUGGUAUGAGUGAUAAGAAGAUUGUUCAGUGGGAUAUGAAUACGGGGCAAAUAACUCAAGAGUAUGAUCAACAUUUGGGGGCUGUGAAUACCAUUACAUUUGUUGAUAACAACAGAAGAUUUGUUACUUCCAGUGAUGACAAGUCCCUCAGGGUAUGGGAAUUCGGUAUUCCUGUGGUUAUAAAGUAUAUUAGUGAGCCGCACAUGCACUCCAUGCCAUCCAUUUCGCUUCACCCCAACGCCAAUUGGCUCGCUGCACAGAGCUUGGAUAACCAGAUUCUUAUUUAUAGCACCCGGGAGAAGUUCCAACUUAAUAAAAAGAAGAGGUUUGCUGGACAUAUUGUGGCUGGAUAUGCAUGCCAAGUCAAUUUUUCACCGGAUGGACGUUUUGUCAUGUCCGGAGAUGGUGAGGGCAAGUGUUGGUUCUGGGAUUGGAAGAGUUGCAAAGUCUUCAGAACUCUUAAGUGUCACGAAGGUGUUUGCAUUGGUAGUGUGUGGCAUCCCCUGGAACAAAGCAAGGUAGCAACGUGUGGUUGGGAUGGGUUGAUAAAGUACUGGGACUAGUUUCUCAUGUUCAAUGAUGCCUGUUGCUGGAAUCAGUUGGCAGAAGCAGAGUAGACACUGCUUGACGACAAAAAGGAGUAGCAACAUAUUGUUUAUACAUGUUGAUAUGAUCUUUCUUGGUUGAAAUUUCAAUGGUAUUAGUUGAAUAUUAUGAUGAGGUUUCUGAUUGAUCAAGAUAUUGUCGCCAAGCAUUUCGUGCUAAUUGAAGUGUUGUACUAGCAGAACAUUGAAAAAUUUUGCGAUGUUUUUUAGAGACUGUAUAAUAGUUAUUUAAGUUAGAUAUUCAUCUAUGCGAAAAUUUGUCUCAUGUUGCAGUCCGG